CAGUCUUUCUCUUACAGUGUCUUUGAUCAAAAGCAACACCGCUUGCUGGAGGUGUCUGUAGGAAAAAAAGUCAGAGCAGAUAGACUUUCACAUCGGAAUUUGUUCGGAAUUGUUACAACACGGAACGAAGUUUCUAUAAUAUUCAAUUAGACUUCAACAAUAGAAGUAAUGGCUGCGGUAACACACGAAUUCAAAGUAGAAAUGACAUGCACCGGCUGUUCGGGAGCCGUAGAACGAGUCCUCGGGAAAUUAAAAGACAAAGUGGAAAAGGUGGACAUUGACCUCGACAACAAAAAAGUCUUCGUCACUUCAACACUCUCAUCGAAUGAGCUACUAGAAACCAUCAAGAAAACUGGAAAAGAAACAAAUUAUGUUGGUGUUAAAACCUAGUGCUGGGUCUAUAUUUGGAUGCUCAGGGAUAUUCUUAAAAUUUAGAAAUGUUAAUGAUUCAAGUAUUAGUCAAAAUUGAUGUUUGUUUUUACUCAUGAAUGUGUUUUAGUUUUGACUGAUUUAAAAAAAAAUGUGAACUAAAUAUAAUUUUAUGUACAAUACGA